AUGGUAUCCCUAAAGACUGUACAAGCAUCCAACGCUGGAAUCCGAGCCCUCCCCAACAUUAUCGCCCUCUUUGUUGGCGGCACCAGUGGCAUUGGCCAGAGCACCUUGCGCUAUCCCAAGGGUCGCUUCCACUUUAUUGAGGCGGACGUAUCGCUAGUGUGCAAUGUCGAUGCCGCGUGCCGGCAGAUCCUCCAGCAGGAAAAGCAGCUGAACUUUCUUUUUAUGACACCCGAGGGUAUAUCUCUGGGAGGGCGCAAUGAAACUGUUGAAGGUAUAGACUAUCUUUUUGCUCUCCGCUACCAUUCCCGCAUGCGCUUUAUCCAGAAUCUCCUCCCUCUUCUUGAAUCAUCCGGACCAACCUGUGUCGUCAGUGUCUACGGCGGUGGCUUCGAGUCCUCCAUCAACACGUCCGACCUGGACCUUAAACACAACUUCUCCUUGCUCAACGCCUACAAGCACUCCAUUACCAUGACCUCUCUGAGCAUGGAACACCUCGCCAGCACCUACCCUGCUGUUAGUUUCAUUCACGUCUACCCGGGUCUUGUCGGCACCAACAUCUACACCAACAGCUUCCCUGCACCGGUUUCAACGUUCUACAACUACGUAAUGUGGCCAUUCAUGUGGCCCUUUUCCGUGAAGCUCAUCGAGAGCGGCGAGCGACAUCUAUUCCAUCUAAGCUCGGCUCACUACCCGGCUAAAUAG